AUGGCCUUUCGGUACUCGGCUCUGCGCAAUCUCGUCAAUCCGCGCACCCCCAUCUCACCUCUCACACAUGUUCAAAGGCGCUGGGCGCAAGUGCAUGAUAUCCGGUUCCUCGCGAGACAUCAGUCAAGUAAUGUGCUAGAGAGAUACAAGGACAAGCUUGAACAAAAAGCAAAAGAAGAGGGCCACUCCUCCAUAUCCUCACUGAAAGAAGCUUAUCAAGACAAAAUCCAAGCUGUCCGAUCUGCGGAUGCUGCUGCUGUUCCACUUCCGGACGAGCUGACCGGACUAUCCUCUUCACCGCCACCACCUGCCGCUUCGCCAACCUCUUCCAGCUUACAUGCGACACCGCCCUCUAAACCUCUAGAAUCCUCCUCUAAAUCCUCAACGCCGGGCAUUAAGCCGCUCUCCGCGUACCUCGAUGUCUCGAAAAUCCUUACCCUACCGCAGAAAGAAAUAGAGACUCUCUGGCGUCUCAGACAUGCACCGAACCCAAACUCAAUUUGUGCCACCAUACCGCUCGAAACGUAUCAUCGAAUUAUCAAAACAGCACGACAAAACCCGCAGUUUAUCUUACCCUUACCUCGGGAAAUCGAUACUCCCGCAGAAACGCCGUCUGAAACCGGGGCCCCUACCCGUACUUCCACAGCUGCAGAGAUGCACUUCCUUCAAUGGGCGUUUCACCCACCAUCUUCGACACCAACUCGCCCACCUACAUCGGCCGAUUUUAAGACAGAAAAUACACACACUUCCACCGUAAUAUUUACGCAGUUAGCUUCAUAUAAGCUACAUGGCGCCUACUCGCAACCCCAUACUAUCAUAACCCAUCAUUUAGAUCUAGCGGAUGACAAGGGGCUAGUUCUUAUGAAUGGUACAGUGAUGCCUGAUAAAGGCGUGAGCCUCGACGAGGCAAAACUGUUAGUGAUGUGGCUGCAACGGUUUUACGACUGGGGCGUUGACGGGAACGAAGGUGGUAGGAAAGGGGAGAUACUGAGAAUGUUUAGUCGGGGAGAUGUAGAAGGAUUUAAAGUUGAGGAAUUGAUAGAAGAAGUUGAGAGAGUCUAG